AUGAUCAAGAAGGCCGAGGCUGAUAAGGAGGCUGAUGCGAAGUCCAAGGCCAAGCAGAAGGCCACCCUUGCCGCGGCCAAAAAGCAAGGCAAGGAAGCACUCGAAGCUGAAAAGGCCCGGAUUGCCCACGAGAAGCUUGCACUGUCAGAGGCAAAGAAACAAGGAAAGCUCCGGCUGGAUGGCUGCCAAACAGGCGGAAAAGACCUGCCCGAGGGACAAGUACGGCCACCACCACCACCACCACCACCACCACCAGGCCUCUUUCCCACAUCCGAACUGCUAACGGAGCCCACCACAGAUGCAGCUGAUGAAGAAGAACCAAAAUUCUUACUUCACCCUGACGAUCCAGCUAAUUUCUUAAAGCUAUGUGCGGCAUUGCGCAUUCUGAGUAAGCGCACACUAUGUGACCAGGAUGUACGUCAAGCAGAGCAACUUAUCUCUGAAUACACCACCGAGCUAAUACAUCUGUAUGGUUCAGGCUCGCUCAAACCUAACCAUCACUUUGCGACCCACAUCGGUGCCUGUGUGCGCAAUUUUGGCCCUCUGCACGAUUUCUGGACUUUCCUGUUCGAGCGCCUCAACAAGCUGUUAAAAUCGUACAAGAGCAACAACCAUUCGAACGGUGCACUCGAAACAACCUUUUUCAUGGAGUUUCACCGGACUUGUGAGCUCGGACAACUGACGUACACAUUACAACAUUAUCCCAAGGAUUCCCUUCCGAGCCAGACAGCAUCGAUUAUGCUGAAGGCAUCCAACGAUGAAAGGGGAACUGUUGCUGGACUUGCAGCGUUGUCGAAAGACCUCGAUGAUGCUGGUGCAGAUGCCGGUCAGGCUUAUUCACUUAGUCCUCGACACCGAAAGCAAGCAAUGUCUACUGAGACUUAUUGA